AGUUACUUUCCCCCGCACCCAAUGUGGCACCUUUAACUUGCCUUUACGUCCAGUUUCAGACGCGCUGCAAGAUAAGACAUAACACAUAAGGUUAGUAGCGUGGCAUGAUAUCGUGAAUGAGGCCAAGAUCUCCGAAAGGACCGCCCCUGCUUUUAUGCUCCGACCUUCCAAGUUAGGGGGACUCACCUCAACGUCGAACUGCAAUGGCUCGGUUCAGCUUUCCCCCUCUAGCUGCAGGACCACCCUCGCGCCGUAAUUGGUACAAAGACCUUCUAGAUGACUUGGAGUGCAAAGGUGCAUCGGCAAAGGUCCAGGAAGCGUAUGAAACCCACAGGGAGACUUGGAGAGAAAAGCAGAUUGAGCUGUUUGCAAACACUACUACAAACCCUGUAACGCCUGAUCGAGCUCUCAUUAAGCACUUGAGGCGCCAGGAGAAACUCGACAACGGACACAGUCUAGACGAGAAAGACGACACAGAUGCUCAAGAGAUGAACUGCUGCGUGAUCUGGGCGAGGCCUCCAUCAAGUAUUCUCGACGUCAUACAGACUAUCCAGGAAGACCUGCUGCGAAUUAUUGGCGACGACGUGUAUCUUAUUCCGCGAAAAGACCUACACCUCUCCGUGAUUGAACUAUCACAUCGCCACACAGUACCGCAGCUCCGCAAUGUAGCCGCUGAGAUUGGAAUAUCGCAGAUCCAAGGCAUACUCAAUUUAGUCUCAACGCUGAGCAUCAAGCCAAAAUUGGUAGCACCGACGAUCAGCUUCGAUAAGAUGGGCAUAGCCCUCAACUAUCUACCAUCUGAUACAGACAUAUACACAUACCAUCACCUAAGAAGUGACAUGCACGCUUUGGCACUAGAAUCUGGGGUUACAGGAAUUGACUGCUGCUAUACAGCUCCUUCGGCACACAUCACGAUAGGAAAAUUUGUUAAGAACAAGUUUUUCGAAACGGCUGAAGCGAGGAACAAGUUCGUAAAGCUAGUCAAAGACUUCAACGCUAUGCAGAGAAAAGGAGAUCACACAUGGGCGGUGGGCGAAAACCAAGGAUUUGAAAUGCAACUAGGAUAUUUGAAGUUCGGGCGGGAAAGCAGCAAGGCUGAUCUGGUCGGUGAAGUGUGACGAGGACCUCAUUUGAUUACUUGAAAAAAAUUUAAAGUCCGGGUCGACGUCCUAUUGCAGGUGGCAGCGAUAUAGAAAUCAGCCAAUUUGGGAUGAGCGGAGAUGGUCCAAUUAGAGUCAUAAUGAGCUCAAUCGAG